CUGCAAAUCUAGCGCACAACUCAGAGUAUGCAUCGCAGUCUGUAUUCAUCGAUUUCCCUGUGCUAAAACGUCUAUGCCGAUAACAUGGGGAAAGCAGAGGACAGUACUGAUAGGGAUAAUGAAGCCAAUGAACCUAUGGCCCAGUGGAAAGAAAAUGAAGCACAGGAUGAAAUUUCAUCGAAGAAGACCUCAGAAAGAAGCGCCGAGCGAGCGUUCCGUCGUCGGGUAAUUCUGCAGACAGCUCUAACGUACGGUUACCUGUGCCAUGGUCUCUGUACGUGUUUCUCCGGGGCCGCCCUGCCCGAUCUACGUGUUCGCACGAACAGCAACUGGGAGGAAAUCUCACGUGCCGUGGUGGGGCGCGGAAUCGGCAUGUUCUUUGGCGCCAUUGGCGGCGGCUUCCUGUGCGAUCGCUUCAACGGGUCUCUCCUUGCCCUCUUAGCUCUGGGACCGACUCUUGAAGCUCUUGGGUCCUUCGUUAUUCCGUGGUGCACAGUGUGGUGGACUCUGAUGGCGAUGUUUAGCAUUCAGGGCAUCACGGAGGGUCUUCUGAUAUCAGCUGCUUCGAAGCUAUCCUUUCAGUUGUGGGGCAGAGAGGCGGCAGCCCCUGUGUUCGCAACAAGUCUUGCCUUCGGACUUGGCGCCAUAGUCGGGCCACAGAUAAUUGAGCCAUUCCUAGGAACACAUUCACACGUGUUGGAACCUCAAAACAACAACACUGUAACUGCCACUUCGCUCUCACUGGCCAUCAAUGGCUCAUUGACCCAUGAAAAAGGUGCAACGGCGUACAAAUUCGCAGGCGAAUCACUGUAUGCUUAUAACCAGACGAACUCAAAUACACUGUCAAAUAUUAGUGGAUCUUACCUGGUUAAGAGAAUCAUUCCAAACAAUGAUUCCCAGAUCGAAUACGCAUACACUAUUGGCGGCAUCAUGUCCGUUCUUGCCGCCAUAGCCUUCCUCGUUCUUCAGUAUGUGUCGAACAGGUGCAAAUGGAACGUGUAUGGCGACCACACGGCAAUACCGGCAGAGCCAACGGACAAGAAACCGAAAGACUCAGGUUCCGCGCUCCAAUCUGGCAAGUGCGCGAAAGGGGACACGGUGUUCGGAGUCCAGCUCCUUGGGCUCAUGUUGUUCUUCUACAUCCACAUCGUCGGGGGUGAGUGGGCGCUGGAUAAGUUCAUGUUUGCCUACAUCACGGAGGGCCCUCUCCAUAGAGAGCCCUUCGAGGCAUCCCUGAUGGUGUCGAUAUUUUGGGGGUGUUACACGGGGGGGCGGGGCAUCAGUGCAUUAAUAUCGAAAUGGGUGAAGCCUUCCUUUAUCCUGGGCACAGUGGUCCUCGGGCAGCUGUUGGCGGGGAUUCUUCUGUGCACUGAAGCCGGGAAUAACGUCAGUGUCUUCUGGUUCGUGAACUGCCUCUACGGACUGGCAAUAGGGCCCGUCUAUCCGGGCGCCUUGGUGUGGGUGAACCGCUACAUCCAGGUCUCCGGGAUGGUGCUUGCCGUGGUGCUUAUAGGGGGGUCUGCGGGAGGGUUCAUUUAUCAGUGGAUAGUGGGAAUAGUGUUCCAGUUGUACGGCCUCGACAGCCUUGGUUACGUUAUGUUGGUGGAGGGAAUAUGCAUCACGACCACGUUUGUACUGCUGGAGAUAACGGGCAGGCGGCAUGGGACGCGCUUCAAAAAGACUCCAGGAAACAAUAACGACCAUGGUCGCAAGGGUGACGACCCGGAGGACGUCCACGUCUCCAUGUUAAUGCUUUCUCAGGUGUAG